AUGCCUGGCACGGAUCCCCUCGAUCGCCGUGUUCUGGACUUCUUAAGCGCGGAGACCGGAGUGCAGCACAGCUCCGUCAACUCCGUCAACCGGCCGAGCAAAUCAGCACCUGGUCCGCCUGUCCGCGUCCACCCUGCAGAUCUCAUCUUUUAUUCGCGACGGCCACAUCCCAUCCACCCCGGACCACUCGCUCGGGCCAGCCAUCCGCACAGACGCGAAGAAAAGACUCCCAAGUGGGGCUGUUCCUUCUGGCUUGGUCCGGCCACUCAGCGCCCACGGACCCGUCUUAUCAUGGACGAAAGGUCGAUCCCUCUGCCAAUGUCCCGAAAGCCCAGAAAACCGCAGAAACGCACUCACGCUAAGAGCAAGCCCCCCCUCGCUAGUCCGGGGUUGGCUCGGUGGCGUGGACCCAAGACAUCCGGUUCUAGCGCGCAACUGAGAAAUCCCGCACUUGACUCGCUCUAUUAA